CCGGCAUUUCGAGCGGAAUUUGCGAAUUUUAUUCCUAGCCGCAAUUUAACCCAGAUACUGGCACAAAAAUGCCGCGUGUAGCCAAGCCGAAAGCAGCUGCGCCGGCCAAGAAGGCGGUGCCGGCGAAGAAGGCCAAGAGCAAGCUGUACGCGAUGCCGGAGAAGGUAAAAGAGGGCACGAUCUUCACGGAUUUGGCGAAGGGCCAGUGGCGCAUUGGACCGUCGAUUGGAGUGGGAGGAUUCGGCGAAAUCUACGCCGCCUGCAAGGUGGGCGAGAAGAACUACGAUGCGGUGGUGAAAUGCGAGCCCCAUGGCAAUGGCCCUCUGUUCGUGGAGAUGCACUUUUACUUGCGCAAUGCCAAGCAGGAUGACAUCAAAAAGUUCCAGCAGAAGCAUGGUUUAAAAUCCCUUGGAAUGCCCUACAUCCUGGCCAACGGCUCCGUCGAGGUCAACGGCGAAAAGCAUCGUUUUAUAGUCAUGCCGCGCUACGGCAGCGACAUCUCCAAGUUCCUCAAGGAAAAUGGUAAUAGAUUGCCCGAGGCGACCGUCUGGCGACUGGCCAUCCAGAUGCUGGACGUCUAUCAGUACAUGCACUCCACUGGCUACGUUCAUGCCGAUCUCAAGGCGGCCAAUAUUCUACUGGGAUUGGGAAAAGGUGGUGGAUCGCAAGCCUACCUCGUGGAUUUCGGCCUGGCCUCGCAUUUUAUCACCGGUGACUUCAAGCCGGAUCCCAAGAAAAUGCACAACGGCACUAUAGAGUACACUUCACGGGAUGCCCACUUGGGUGUGGCCACCAGGAGGGCCGAUCUCGAGAUUCUCGGCUAUAAUCUUAUUGAGUGGCUGGGCGUCGAGCUGCCCUGGGUCACGCAAAAGCUACUCACUGUCCCUCUAAAGGUUCAAAAGGCCAAGGAAUCGUUUAUGGACGGAAUAGGAGAUAGCCUAAAGAAGCUUUUCCCCCAAGGAGUGCCCUCUCCUCUAGGGGACUUUAUGAAAUAUGUCUCAAAACUAACGCACAACCAGGAGCCGGACUACGACAAGUGCCGCCAGUGGUUCGCCGGCGCCCUCAAACAGUUGAAAGUGCCCAACAGCGGGGAUCUGGACUUCAAGCUGAAGAAACAGAUGAGCAGUAAUAAUAACCAUAGUCCGCCGGGAACGAGCAAGGCGGCAGCAGCAGCUAGAAAAGCAAAGAAGCUGGAAUCUCCUGCAGAGGAUUCUUCUCUAGAGGAGGCAAUCUCGGCCAGCGAGGAAGAGGAGGAGAAAGCUCCUCGUAAAAAGGCAGUUAAGAAGGUUUCCCCGGCAGCCAAGAAGGUUUCACCCCUAAAAAGAGCCGCUCCUGCUGCAGCAGCAGCGGAAAGCACACCGCCCAGCCAGAAACGCGUCAAGACUGAGCCCAAAUCCAUUCCCACUCCAAAAGCCAGAGGCACACCAAAAGCCAGUCCGAAGCACCAAACUCCCACGGCAGCGCGGCUCAAGACGCCCAGUGCCAGUGCCAAGAUCAAUUUCAGUCCAGCCAUUUCGCUGCGCGGUCGCCCCGGUGGCAAAACCGUGGUCAACGAUGAUCUUACUCCACAACCGCGAUCCAACAAAACCUACGAGUUUAAUUUCGAACUGGACGUGAGCAUGGACGCCAAUGUGAUUGUGAAUGUCAAGCGCAAGAAGAAGGCGGACAAGGAGAAGGAUAAGGCAGCCACGGUGGAGUCAAGGACACCCUCAUCGCGCAGCCUGGCCUCCAGUUUGAAGGAGGAGGGGUCGCCCGUGACCCGCGUUAAUCUGCGCAAGGUAAAUGGCCACGGGGACGAGGGCGAUUCAUCCUCUUCCGGCCGCAGUCCGCGCACUCCCGCCGUCACUGUGCGAAAGUACCAGCGAUAGGUUACUGGAGCCCUUGUUUUUUGUAUUUGUAGAUUGAUAAAAACUUGAAUAAAAAGGAUCAUUAUUAUUUUCCAAGAUUUACUUA